UAUGAAAAUUUCAACAUGGCGUCCUUGGAUGUAAACAAACAGAAACAAAGCAUCAACUUAGCCAAUCGUUCAAUAUAAACUGUAAAGAACAUCAAGAAUUAUUAAUCAUUAACAAGGUGUACAUAAAGAAACCAAUCUGGUGUGUGUGAAGUAAUGUAGAAGAGGCUGUCAUCCUAUAGAGAAGGAGGAUCAUUUUUUCCUCAUCAUGAGUUCCCCCUUGUCCAGUCUGAGGAAAUCUCACAAAAAUCCACUGCUUCUUGGGAGAUUUGAUAGAGAGGUAGUCUCCAGUGAUGGACAGAAGCAAGUGCCCUUCAAAGGCCCAGGAUAUACUGAAGAUGAAAGCAAACUUCUCGAGGAGAUUACAAGCAAUAUGGCUAACCACCGCAUUAAAACGAGGGACCCUUUUGCGGGAGGUUUACCAAAACUGGAUAACCUGCGUCAUCCCCAUCUAGCCCAUAAUAGUCCCAGAACAUCCAAUCCUGGCUCUUUAGGUCGUUACCAUGACAAUAGCACCCCAGUAUUUGAUCGGCCCUCUAGUGCCGCUUCAAGUACUGGGUUUGAUGGUUCCAACAUCAAUAACACCUUUCUCACAGCUCCAAAUGAUCAUGAACUGAUGACAGCCAUGAUGAAUAGAAUAUCACUGUUAGAGCAGCGAGUGUCCCACCAAACAAAGGAAAUCACAGAGAAGGAUAAAAGAAUCCGUGUGAUGGAUGAGAAAUUCAGAAUACUCCAGAAAUCACAGGGAGAGAACAGUGACAGUCGGGUCAGUGAGGCAGAGAAGAAAUGCUUGCUCCUACAGCAAAAAGUUCAUGAAAUGGAGGGAUUCUUGGCUGACUAUGGUAUGGUAUGGGUCGGUGAAAAGAGUAACCCUAACUCAGAUGUAUACAAUGAUGAAGGUAGCUCAUCAACUAGCAGUGAAGGUGAUACAUGGCGUCCAGGUACUUCAGUUUCCAACCAGCCAGACUUUGAGAUAGACUUUAAUGUCAUUAUAGAGAAUAUAAAAGAGCUGAAUGUGUUAGCUGGAGAGGGUGUGUCUAAGAUACAACACACUACAGAUGGGGCCAGACUCAAGCCUCAGGACCCUGUCCAGUUUACACUGUAUUCCAAUGGAAUGAUGCUAUAUAGUGGUCCAUUCCGGCCAUUUAAUGACCCGAUGACGCAGACAUUUGUUCGUGACAUCAUGGAUGGGUACUUCCCAUCCGAGCUACAGAACAGAUACCCAGAUGGUGUUCCCUUUGUUAUUCGAGAUUUAAGGUCAGUACAUUUCAAGGACAAAAGAGCAGCAGUAUUUGCUGGAGCUGGGCAGGUAUUGGGAGGAGACACAAAACCUUCCCGAUUGGUUCCCUCCAAUCUGGACAAGGCCAAUCAGGUGUCAGAACCUGCAGCCGACAUGUACCGCUCAAAUACACAGGAGAAGUUACAGGUCACCAGUGAUCAUCCAGGCAGGAAGUUAUCCACUGACCAGUUCCUAAGUAAGCUGCCAAAGAAUGUCAUCAGGGAUGGCAAGGUGAUUGACAUCCGAGAAUCUGUCAAUGAUACUCUGAAGGGAGGUAAAGCUACCGGUCCCCCCGUCACUGUAGUGGACACAGAUGUAGUUAAGGACAUGAGGAAGAGACUGGAGAUGGAGGAGUCACGUCGACCAUCAACACCUCGAGAUAUUAGCACACUCCGUGUCAAGUCAGACAGUGGUAAUCAAACAUAUAUCCUCAAGAUGAAGUUCUGGGAAACAAUUGCUGACCUCAGAAAAUACAUAGAUAUACACAGACCUAUGGGUUUACCUGAUUACCAGAUUGUUUCAACAUACCCCACAAAAGUAUACGACAACAGCUCAGCCACACUAGAAUCUGCUGGCCUCACUCCAAAUGCUGUGCUUCACCUACGACAGAAAAAGUCCUAGUCUCGGGAGAACUUUAACUUUUUGUGUCAUAGUCAACUUGCUAUGUUAUCCUAAUAUCCACCUGAUUUACUUAAAGGGUAAUAUAGUUGCCAUUCACUGUUGCUGUAAAAUGAUUUAAAAUACCUCAUUGUCAUGUGACUGAACAAUGCCCAGGUAGCUUUAAUAGGAAAAUUAUAAUGAUUUGAAUAAUUAACCAAACAAUUUUAAUUAAAAAUAAAUGAGUAGAAAACAAGACAACUACUACUUGGUUGAUUUACAGAAUUUUAGUUUGAAAUGUAAUCAUCACAGAUUGUAGAAUUGCCAGAUAUGUGUUACAGGAAUGCAUUUAGAUGUUAGUUGCAUGUACAUGCUACCCCAUGCUGUCUGGAAGCAGUUAUAGAGGAACUGAGGAAUUUUAUACAAUAUAGGAAGAGCUGUGGUACAGUUUGGAUGGCCAGCGAAGUACAUGUUGAUAAUGAGGUUUACUACAUUAUAACAAGUGUUGUGGUACAGCUUUUGAUGGACAGCGAAGUACAUGUUGAUAAUGAGGUUUACUACAUUAUAACAAGUGUUGUGGUACAGCUUUUGAUGGACAGCGAAGUACAUGUUGAUAAUGAGGUUUACUACAUUAUAACAGGUGUUGUGGUAUAGCUUGGAUGGCCAGCGAAGUACAUGUUGAUAAUGAGGUUUACUACAUUAUAACAAGUGUUGUGGUACAGCUUGGAUGGCCAGCGAAGUACAUGUUGAUAAUGAGGUUUACUACAUUAUAACAGCGAAGUACAUGUUGAUAAAUAUCAUACUCUAAUUACUGUGAGUGGUUAAUGUACAAUACAUAUAGAUAUCAGUACUAGGUCAUUGUUACAAAAUUUUCCCUAUUUGGGAAUAUUGGUUCCUCUAUAUCAGAAGUCUUAAGACGACAUUCUACAAUUUGAUCAGCUGUGUCUUACUGACUAUUGCUGUUAACUGAGAGAUUGAUUGUAACUGAGGUCAUGAUAAAUUAUAAACGUUUCUGCUGGUUAUAGAACUUGAGACCCAAUGCUUUACUGAUAUUGCUAACAAGCUCCCUAGCAGAGUCAUUGGGAAGCAGAUAGUGUCUUACCAGGGCUGAUAUUGAGGCUAGGGGAAGCUACCUCUGGUACAUCCUAUCUUGUGAGGAAGUCUGACCAGGUCUUUGUGACGAUAUAGGGUUUUAUACAUUAAUGGGAUUAUUAUGGUUUUGGUAAUUUAUUUGCAGUAGAUCUGCAUCACACAACCGUAAUAUAGGUAAUGUUAACUUGCAUCAGAAAACUGCAGAAACUUUUAAAGUCUUGAAAGCUUGUAUUUGAAAUAAGAUGAAGACAUUUUGAUAACAAGUUGUAUAAAAAAAUGUGAUAGAUAAAAUGGAAAAUUUUUUAACCUGUAUGUCAAUUUAAUAUUUUUUAAAUGAAUAUGAAAUAAAAACAAAGCCAUGAAAAAAAAUCCUGGGUUAUUUCCCCUUGGUAGUAUAAUAAUUAACCAGCCAGAUAGCACCCAAAUUAAGUGUAAACUCAUUCAUUUAUAAAAUAUUUCUUGAGUUAUCGAGAAAAAAAGCAUUUUAAUAUCUGAAGCUGUUUUAAUUCAAAAUUAAGUAUGAGAAUAUGUUUAUCCUUUUUGAAAUGUGCAAUUGAUCAUUUUGUAUGUGAAAUGUAUUUAAUUGAAGGUAUCUAAAAUAAUGAGAUACUAUAUCAAUGUUAUAUGUCCGUCCAAGUGUUUGUACAUUUGUUGCAAAACUUGCCAUGAUUCGUCCAUAGAAUGAGACACCGUCUGAUUCAGACCAUGUAUACACACCACACCACUAGACUGGCAAUUAGUCUUUUCACUAAUGUUUUAUUUUUAUUUGGAUAGAAAAUAACAUUUCUCUUGAUAAGAGCUGAUUGGUUUUGAAAGAGGAGAAACUUUCUAAUGUCCAAGCUGUCAUCAUCAGUGUUUCUUGAUGCAUUGAACAAGACAUUGUUGGUUAAGUUUAUCACUGAAGUUGUUAUUCAGUAGAAUUUCCUUACAUACUGUGUAUUGAGUGAUCUUAUAAUUAUGUUUUACUUAGCAUAGUGAUCAAAAUUGUUCUGGUGUAAAUCAUUUCAUGAAAGUACCCAGGUACAUGUAUUAAGUUUGAGGAAGGCCUACAUCAGACAAUGUUUGUGCGAUAAAUGUCCUGACUUAUGAAUAUGAAUGUGAUUCAACCAUAGUGGAGUUUUUACUUAUCAAAAGUUUUCAAGAUUAUCAAAAAUUUGAAAUAAAAUAACAUCUUAGAUUAUGCAUUUUGAGAUAAUGAUCAAUGGCAGUGUUAUGUGUACUUUGUAUAACAGUGUCCAUUAUACUGGGUAAUAAACAGGAUUUCUUUCCGAUAAAAUGAGAGACCCCUAGUAAUCUAUUUUACACAUACCAUUGGGAUAUUUUGUUGACCUGCUCAAUUUUUUACAUAAUCCGUCCAAUCAACAUUAUAAAUUUGAAUGGCACUCACAUUCACCAAUUAGCUUUCAAUGAUUCUUUAUUUUAAUAAUUUAAAACUUAUACAAUUUUUGUGAUACAGGGAAAAUGUAUAAUGAAAUUGUCAUUAUUUUUCUGCACUUGAUUUUACUGUGAUAGGUUGUAGUUUUAUAUGUCAGUCUAUCAUACAAAGACGAUUGUCUUAAAGGCAGGUUUGUUCAUGUUGUCUUGCUUCUGUACAAAUGUAGUAUAGUAGUGAGAUUUAACCUUGAAAUGACCUCUUGUGUAUAAUUUUAUUGAAAACUGAAACAAUCUGUUGUAUUUGAUAAAUGUUAGUGGCGUGUGACUUUAUAGAAAUGUGUUUCCCCAGAGUCUGAUGAAGACUUUAUUUUAUGUGUGAUUAAACAAAUAAACUUGGUAUAUUAUAUACCUGUACAAUACUGUGAUACAUACCCACUGCUGUUUGUAAUCAAAAUAUGUAUCCUACAACAUACAAAUGAAUAAUAAUGAUAGUUCUUCCUAGAUCUGUAUCAAUUGAAUAUUAUGUUCAUUAAAAGGGACCAGCCAUA